CCAGUCCAUUGAGCGGUACCUACACCUUCAAGGUCCGUGUCCUUGAAGGCGUCCUCGAUUUUUGUCCCGUGUGCAGUUACACGAAAAGAAUCGCCGCGGUUCUCCCUUUUGCAUCUGAGUCCCCCCUGCACUCUCCCUGUUUCUGAAACGACGAACAAGCACGUCGCCAUUCCAUCCCGCGAUCAAGUACCCUUCCAUCCCUCGCUGAUCAGCAGCGUCGGGCAAAUCGGUUGAGCGGGAGUGAUUGAAGAAGUGAAGAGGUUUGGGUACAAGACGAAGAAGACGAAGAAGACGACAACGACGUCGAGGAGAAGAAGUCACAUUUCCCGCCGAGGAUCAACAUGAGGUCCUCGCUGGUGCUGCUCCUGGUAGCAGCUUUUGUUCUUGCCGAGGGCUCGAACCGAGUUAAGCGACAAGAGGACAAGAAGGAGGAGAGCUUUGAGAACGAGAUCUGCAAAGAUAAGGAUGCCGGCGAGUGGUUCAGAUUGGUCGCCGGCGAGGGUGAUAAUUGCCGCGACGUUAUUCAAUGCACGAGUUCCGGUCUGCAGGCGAUCAGAUGCCCGGCCGGUUUAUACUUCGACAUCGACAAGCAGACGUGCGAUUGGAAAGACUCUGUCAACAACUGCAAACUGAAGAACAAGGAGAGAAAGGCCAAGCCCCUGCUCUACACCGAGGAACCGCUUUGCCAAGAUGGUUAUCUCGCGUGCGGCGACGGAUCUUGCAUCGAGAGAGGUCUUUUCUGUAACGGCGAGAAGGAUUGCACGGACGGCUCCGACGAGAACAUUUGCGACAUGGACAACGAUCCCAAUAGAGCUCCACCAUGCGACCCCGCCGUGUGCGUUCUUCCCGACUGCUUCUGCUCGGAGGAUGGUACCACGAUACCCGGCGAUCUCCCGGGCAAGGACGUGCCACAAAUGGUCACGAUAACCUUCGACGACGCCAUCAACAACAACAACAUCGGCCUCUAUAAGGAUAUUUUCAACGGUAAGCGCAAGAAUCCGAACGGCUGCGAUAUCAAGGCGACGUUCUUCGUCUCGCACAAGUACACCAACUACUCCGCGGUCCAGGAAAUGCACAGAAAGGGCCACGAGAUCGCCGUCCACUCUAUCUCGGCAAGGCAUAAUGACGACGAGCGCUUCUGGUCGGACGCGACCGUUGACGAUUGGGCAAAGGAGAUGGCCGGUAUGAGGAUCAUCGCCGAGAAGUUUGCCAAUCUGACGGACAACAGCGUGGUGGGCGUGAGAGCCCCAUAUCUGCGAGUCGGCGGUAACAAUCAAUUCACCAUGAUGGAAGAGCAAGCCUUCCUGUACGACUCCACCAUCACUGCGGCCUUGAACAAUCCCCCAUUGUGGCCGUACACCAUGUACUUCCGGAUGCCGCACCGCUGCCACGGAAAUCUUCAGCACUGCCCCACUAGAUCGCACGCUGUGUGGGAGAUGGUGAUGAACGAAUUGGACCGGCGCGAGGAUCCGCAGAACGACGAGUACCUGCCCGGCUGCGCCAUGGUGGAUUCUUGCAGCAACAUCUUGACCGGUGACCAGUUCUACAACUUCCUCAAUCACAAUUUCGAUCGUCACUACGAGCAAAAUCGCGCGCCUCUCGGCCUCUACUUCCACGCUGCCUGGCUGAAGAACAAUCCGGAAUUUCUGGACGCCUUCCUUUACUGGAUCGACGAGAUUCUGCAGAGUCACAACGACGUCUACUUCGUGACGAUGACCCAGGUGAUUCAGUGGAUUCAGAACCCGCGCACCAUCACCGAGUCGAAGAACUUCGAGCCUUGGCGGGAGAAGUGCACGGUAGAGGGUGCGCAAGCGUGUUGGGUGCCUCAUACCUGCAAACUGACCUCCAAAGAGGUGCCCGGCGAGACCAUCAACCUUCAGACUUGCGUGCGCUGUCCUAAUAAUUAUCCCUGGGUGAACGACCCGACCGGUGACGGCUUCUUCUAAACUGCCGAGAGCGCGAUCCUCUUUUUCGUCUAAGUCAAGUCCCUCCUCCUGUUUCUCCUCUCUGUUCUCCUCGGCCCUGCGGAUUUCCUUUUUUCCUGUAUCUCGAUCUGAAGGGCACGUCGCGUCACAAAUCUUCACAAUUCAACACGACGCCGGAUAUCCAUCGACUGAGGCGUCCGUAUCCUCGAGACUUUUGAAAGCAACGGCGACGAGGCACACAAGAGAAAAGAGAAGAGACGUCGUCGACCCGUUAGGCUCUGGCAACUCCGCUCUAGUUGUCAAUAAUUUUGCUGUUUUAUUGUUGAGAACGAUGUAUCUGUGAUGAUUAAGUUCUGUUCGAUUAAGAACUAGAACACUACACAGAGUCUAAUGGAUUAAAGACGAAUAAAAUAGAGGGAAGCUUUCUAUCCGCUUCGCAUUCACAGAUAUCUCUUCCAUAUUGAAGUUUAGCUUCAUCCAAAGUAUAUAAAAAAAUAAUUGCAUUAUUAUUUGAGAAAAUCAUAAAAAUUACAAAAUUUUUUUACGCGUGCCUCGUUAUCAGCUGGUAAUUAAAGUAACAUUCAUCAUACGCCAGCAAUCUGUGAUAGACUCCCGAGAGAGGCGGCGUUCUCGAAGUCCUCGAGGCGGCAAUGACGGCGACGACUAUGACGACGACGACAACGAGAUUCGCGCGCAUUCCAUUCGAAAUCGGCGAAAAGCAAAACAAAAUGUCGCGCCCCACCCGAUCCCAUGAGGAGAAAUCGCGGAUCUCCUUCGAUAGCGGCGACUGGCGAUCCGCGAGUGGGGGAUUCCGUGUGUAAUAUAACCGUGUCCCCUUCUCAUUCUCUCUUUCUGACUCGCAUCUCUGAUUUCCCGACCGAUAUCGAUCUAUCGGCGAAUAUCCGUCUUCCUUCAAUCCCCCUUUCCCUCCCUCGACGGAAGUAAUCUAUGAAAACCGCCAGAUUAAUAUUGUUCCCCGAUUCGAAGUGUGCCCUUACUUUUUUAAGGGUUCCGCCGAUCUAUAUAUAAAUAUAUAUAUAUAUAUUUAUAUAUAUGGAAAUUAAAUAUUGUAUAUGUAUAUUUGUAAAAGUAAGUGAUACUACCAACAUAGCGUUCUCUCGACGAACCUUUGAAUAAAAAAUUCUGAGAAAUCUUAAACACGAUGCG